UAAACAAAACAUGGAACUGGAUCUCACUAAACAACAAUAUAAUGAAGAAUUUAAUCCAGCUGAUUAUUACAAUAGAUAUCAUGCUGCAGGAAAAGGAGUGCUGGUUGCAGAAUGGAGGGGAUUUGCAUUAAAAAAACUUCAUGACACGUUUACUUCAGGUGGAGUUGAAGGUAACACCCUGAUUGACAUUGGUGCCGGAUCGAGCAUUUACCACCUCCUGUCAGCCUGUGAAGUCUUUAAGAACAUAAUUACAUCUGACUACCUUCCUCAAAACCUCACGGAAAUCAAAAAAUGGUUAAAGAAUGAUCCCAGAGCUUUUGAUUGGUCUUCAGCUGUCAAAUGGGUUUGUGAGAUGGAAGGGAACAGUGACAACUGUCAAAAAAAGGAGGAGAAGCUCAGACAAACAGUGAAACGAGUGAUAAAAUGUGAUGUGUUCAAAAAGAAUCCCUUAGAGCCUCAUGUUGUGCCGCCGGCUGACUGUCUGCUGAGCUGUCUGUGUUUAGAAGCUGCGUGUAAUGAUCUAGAGACGUUCUACAGCGCCCUGAAGAACCUGAGGACCCUGAUAAAACCUGGGGGUCACAUGGUACUUAUGAGUGGGCUAAACGCUACAUUUUACUAUGUUGGUGACAUGAAGUUUUCAGCCCUGUCCAUGACAAAAGAGUACCUAGAAAAAGCUCUUAUAGAAACUGGGUACCAAAUUGAGAAGAUAGAAGUUGCACCACGAUUAAAGCAGUUGGGCAAGGAUGUUGCUGAUUUCCAGGGUUUUUACUAUGUUCAUGCCCGUAAACCACAUGACUCUUAAAGGGACAGUUUACUGUAAACUUUUCUUCUUUUUAAUGGUAUCCCAAUUUUCUAUUUUACCUGCUGUAAUAUAUUAAAUGGAUUGCAAAU